AUGAGCAUCGUCUCGCAACAUCAUGCCACAUCAGACAUCGACACAGACUGGAACGAGCUCUUCCACUCUUUCUACACCAGCUGGUACCACCCCAGCCAACCCGUCAGCCAACCCACAUUCGCGCACCUCGGCACCAACACACCGGCCGAGACGGCCGCUUUCGAAGAAGAAACGCGCAUUCUGCUCAAAGAAGUCAACGCAAAUACAGACUCGGUAUUUUGGAUAAAGUUUGUAGAUUCUAAGAGUGGGCAGAUUGUAGGCGGCAUGUGCUAUAGGCACGAAUUGACCUGGCCAAAGCAGGAGACUUUUGUGCCGAGUUGGUUUGAGGAGGGAACUGAGAUGCGGAGGUUGAGUGAAGGGUUUUAUGGGGAGUUGUUGAGGUGGAGGAAGAUGUUGAUGAAGGGGGAGGAUAUGUACGGCGAGUUUGCCUGGGUCGAUCUCGCGUACCGCAACUGA